AUAUUAAAGCGACGAUAUUUUUCUUAUUGUAACUCAGAUAAAGAUCAUUUAAAAUAACAACGACAGUCCCUUAAAAUACGAAGCUAUUGAUGUAUGUUUAGUCCGCCUGGUUUUUCUUCUAGUCCUCCUUCAACUACUUUAGAGUUCCAGCUCCCAUCAGAACAAUUCCAGCUCACUGAUCAGGAACUGUUUGGAACGUGUGUUGUGAAUAAAAAGAAUAAGGUUAGUGAUGCACCCUCCAGCCUGAAAGAUGUUAUUUCUCUUCAACUAGCGAAUAAGAAGGUUGGGUCAGAUAAAUUAAAACCCUCCAUCAGCAAUGGCGCCGUGGAGACUGAAACAGACAUCGAGAAAGAAAGUCAUAGAUCUAAAGAAAAAGAUGACAUUUACCUCACACCAGGAUUACGACCAUCCUCCCAAUCCUCCGUAUCUGUGGCCAGCCUCGACCUCGAGAACAAGCUGGAGGUCGGGGAAGAGGACAAGGAGGAAGAUGUCGAGGACAAGGUGGAGGACGAAGAAUGUUUUGUAGUUGAUUGGAUUGCGUGUCUUCAAGAGAUAGAUAAUUUGAUAGAAACCACUUCACAGAUUUUUAGUAAUAUCUUGAACCCUGAUAUUGUGGAUGAAGUUGUGAAUUGCGAGGGUGGAAAAAAGUUCCUGAAUAACCUCAGGGAGGUCUUUAUAGUCUUCUCAAGAAUACAACAGGCCGCCAAGAAAAGAGAGGAAACUGAUCAAAAACUAGAUGAGCUGAUAAAUAAAGUUAGCGCCGCGUGGAACUAUUUAAAGAAACAAACAAACAAUGCAGAAAUUUUAGAGAUGAGUGAUGAUCUUUUUAAUCUCAAUUCAGGGCUCGGACAUUCCUCUGCUUGCGGGGUGUGUCUAACAUCUUUAUCUACUUUUGGCGGGAAAAAUGGUCAAAAUGGCGGUUCAAAAAAUAUCAAUACCGCGCACUUUUCUUGCGGAGAUAUUGAAUAUCAUGCAACCUGCGCUAAUUUUUGGAUCAAUCUUGUUGAUCCUGAGCUUCCUAGAUUAAAGUAAAUCUCUGAACAGUUUUUUUAGAAUUUAUUUUGUUUAUAAUAUUUUAGCGAGGUUAAGAAUUAAUUUAUGGUAUUAUUUAUUUAUAGUUAUUUAUGUAUUUUUUUUAUUUUACAACUCUAGACAUUCCAUAGAUUAUGUAUCAUGUAAUAAGCUUAAUUUUAUGAACUUCUUAUCAGCUAAUAAAAUGAUAUUAUUGUU